AUGGCCCGAGUGAAGCAGACAGUACGACGAAACAUUGGCUACAAAGUGCCUCGAAAGAUGCUUGCCACAAAGGCUGCUCGCAAAUCUGCUCCGACCGCUGGAGGCGUGAGAAAGCCCUAUCGCUACCGUCCUGGAACCAGAGCACUGCUAGAAAUUCGCAAGUACCAGAAGUCUACAGACUUGUUGAUUCGAAAGGCUCCGUUUCAGCGUCUAGUCCGACAGAUUGCAAAGACAUUCAAGGAGGAUCUUCGAUUCCAGUCAACUGCCGUUCUGGCCCUCCAGGUAAAAACCGUCUCGAUCGUCGGCUUGGAGCGAGGAGGACUCGUACAAUCGCUUUUGGACGCAACCGCAUCUCACUGCUUGCUUCUGCCCAAACCGUUCUUUCGCACGCAGGAGGCCAGCGAGGCCUAUCUGAUUGGACUUUUCGAAGACACCAAUCUUUGCGCGAUUCACGCCAAGCGCGUGACUAUCAUGCCGAAAGACAUGCAGCUUGCCCGCCGCAUCCGUGGAGAACGUGCCUAG